GAACGCACCACGUAAAACAAAACAGAUGCCACCACGAAUCAGCGACGGAGGACGCCAACGAAAUUAACCAGCAGUGCUCCCAGGCGGAGUGGAGUCUUACGUUUUAUUUCGGGACUGACCAGAGAGCCACAAACACGACUUACCUAGACGGCCCUAGUUAAUUAGCCCCGAGGUAAAUGCAGGCACCCCGUCGAUCAACAAGUUUCAAGAAGAAAACAUCGUUUCUCGGACACGCGGUACACCAGCCGGCAGACAUCAUGGCCCAGGAGACCAAUCAGAGCCUAGUUCCUACACCCUGUGCUAAUGGCUGUGGUUUCUAUGGCAACCCUAGGACUAAUGGCAUGUGCUCUGUCUGCCACAAGGAGCACCUGUCGAGGCAGAACAAUGGAUCAGUCAGUACUUUGACUGCCCUUGGUGGCAGCGGCGGCGCCGCAGCUGAGGCCUCUGCCAUGCAGAGGUUAGAGGCCACCCUGAAUAAUGCCGCAGCAGCUGCGGUCGCUGCUGCAGAGUCGGCCGCCGAGGCCGCUGCCUCUGCUCAGGCUGCUGCCAGCGAGGCGUUCAGUGGCGUUUCAACUGCGGUGUCUGUAACGCAGCAGAUGACUGAGAUGAGUCUCUCCCGUGAGGAGAAAGGAGCAACAGGGAGCAAAGUAGAGCUCUCAGAGCCAGUUUUGACUCAGCCCACAUGCUCAGCCGCUCACCCCUCCACCGCUGACAGUGACCAGUCCAAAGAGCCCGAGCCCCAAAAACCCAAGAAGAAUCGCUGCUUUAUGUGCCGCAAGAAGCUCGGCCUCACAGGUUUUGACUGCCGCUGUGGGAAUCUGUUCUGUGGAAUUCACCGUUACUCAGAUAAGCACAACUGUCCGUACGACUACAAAGCCGAAGCUGCUGACAAGAUUCGCAAAGAGAACCCCGUGGUGGUGGCUGAGAAGAUCCAGAGAAUAUGAACGGGACUCUCCGUUUGACUUUGAACACUGGGAUCUAAUUGGCUUUAAAGAAAGAAAAGAAUGGACUUGAGCCCAACCUUCAUCCUGAAGGACCUGUCCCCCCCUCCCCCCUCCCCUUGUUUGUUUUGAAUUCAAGCUCCCUCCCCCCAGUGCAUGAGAGUUCACAUAUUUUCAGCUUUCAUUGUUGGUCAUGUGUGCGUCUAACACUUUUGAAGGGUUGUGUGUGUGUGUGUGAGGAGGAGGAGGAGGAGGAGGAGGAGGAGG